AUGAGGAGAAGUUCAACAAUAAUGGUGCUGAGUGCGCUGUCGGUAGGUGUAAUCGGUGAUGCGGUACCAAAGCCCUACGAGAUGAAUAGUACUACCACCGCUGGAGCACUACGACCGCACGUACACGCUACUGGACUACCAAUACCACCAUACAGUUUAUCAACAUUAAUACCAGAGCCAAGCUCAACCAUCAUCGUCCCGUACCCGGUUCCGUCGCCAUCAAAUACAUCAGUUGUCGCCGCCCCUCCCUCGUUAUCAACUCCAUAUGCACUACCCAGCUCGUCGCCAGAAACAUCUCCAGUGGCAGUGUCGCCAUCAAGUUCGCUCAAUAUCACUACUCAAAACUCAACAUAUAUCUACCCGUCGCUAUCGAGUUCAGCAACCAUUGUCUCACCUGCUUCGGUUCCCACUCCAGGCUAUGUGCCUAUUGUAGUCGAAGUUGUCUGUGAGACAGUAUACUACUCAGCAUCGCCGAGCUCUUCAGUUGCUUCAACUGCGGUAACUCCUAGCGCUACCCCCUCGUCAGCUUUUGCCAGCAUCCAUCCUGGUCUGGCGAUAGCUGCAGUUGGUCAAGCUGACGAGCCGGCUGCUUCUUCCAUUAACCUCCCGCUCCUGUCGUCGAUCUUAAUACCCGAUGUCAACCACCAAACCAUCUUCACUACGACUACUACCACGACAACUACUGUGGUUUUGACUCUACCCACCCCGCUACCCUCGACCUCUUCAGACGUCGAAUCUACUGCAUCAGCGACAACAACGACAGUAGUUACACUCACGUCUGCUUCCGCAUCAACAUCAGCGGAGCAGCCAAUCUCGACAUCAACAGCCGCUUCAGAUGAGCCGUCAUCGUCACCAACCGACUCAGCAUCGACCAUCCUCUCCACAGUCACAGUCACAUCCUCAACACCACCAUCCCCAUCCGAUACUAACACCAACACCGCCUUCCCUACCGCCCCACCCUUCUCCUACAACCCCUCUGCCUCCCGUGGCUCCGCAUCCCCCAUCUCACGCCCCACCCCCGAACCCUCCAGCGCUCUCGUCGCCGGCUCGACGCUCAGCACCGCCACCACGCCAAGUUCAACCUCAACACGCAUCUCGCAAUACACAGGCAUUCCACCUGCACCACCGGCAGCCAGCGCAGCAGGUGCGAGCGGCAUGCUGAGUGACAGGAGUAAAGAGAGGGUGUGGUGGGUGGCUUUCUUUGUUCCGCUGUUGCUUUUGGCGUAG